CUUCUCUCCAGAUGCGUGCCUGUACAACUGUGAAACAAUGGAGGAGAUGGAUGACUCUGUUUGAUCUCUUUCACCACAUGGAUAACACCUCACAGUUCGAACUGGAUUUGAACGUGGAAAUCGGCCUGCCCUACUCUCCCUGGAACCCAAUGAAUUGUGAUAGUUGCUCAGAUCUGCAAGUGAAAUUGGAGCCACUGUCGCCUGCAUCUUCCCGCUGUUCCGAUUCCUCUCUCUCGUCCUCGUGUGACAUUCCCCUGAUACUGCAGCCCCCCCCCAAGGUUCACGAGACCCUACACACAGAGACAACGUGGCCUGUGGUGAAAACAGAGGACCCUCCCACGCCUCCGUGUAUCUUUGGUGAUGUCCUGAACCCACCACUGAAUAUCAUUCAGAUCAAUGUGGUGAAGACAGAGCUCGGGACCUCAACGCUCAAGCAAGAGCCAGCAAUACAAGCUGCCACCAGCGUCAAGGCCAGCAGCAUGGUGUGCAGCAGACCCACCCUCCAGCCCAAGCCAGAGGUGGUGACCAUCCUGCCCGCCCCUCCUGGCAGCAGCCCUGCAAAGACCAUCAUCCUGCAGUCUGUGCAGACCAGUCUCCCUGUGUCCCAACCACAGGCUCUGCCUCUCAAGCAAACCAUUCCAGUGUGCAGGCAGUCCGUGGUGCCGCAGUCGCAGUCGGACCUGGUGAGGAUCCCCGUGGAGGGACUGAUGAAGGUGUCGGCAGUGAACGGGACGGUCAACGGCAAGCGGCCGCUCUGCAACGGCAACGGGCUGACCAUCACCAAACUUCCCGCCAAAGCCAUCGUACCGGCGCCCGCACGCACGGGGCACGGCUCGUCCGAGAUCGACAUCAAGCUGCUGAAGCGGCAGCAGCGGAUGAUCAAGAACCGGGAGUCGGCCUGCCAGAGCCGCAAGAAGAAGAAGGAAUACCUGCAGGGGCUGGAGGGCAAACUGCGGGAGGCACUCAACGAGAACGAGAAGCUGAAACGGGAGAACACGCUGCUGAAGAAGAGGCUGGACAGCAUUGUGACUGAGAACACCGGGCUGAAGCUGGGCUCCGGAAACCGCAAAGCAGCCUGCGUGAUGGGCUUCCUGCUCUUCGUCGCUUUCACCUUCGGACCAGCCAGUAUCACAGAGAAGAAGACUGACAUCUUCGAGACCCAGGCGGACGAUACCUACCUGCGGCGGCAUCUUCUGACUUUCAAAGAGGAGCGGGCCACGGAGAGCACAACACAGCAGGCAGCAGCAGAUUACAAGCUGCAGGAGAAGUUCAGCAACAUUACGAUGGCCUACACCGAGGUGAACGACCUGGUACUUCGUGACAUCGACCGCAUCCUCUUCCCCUCUUCAGAUUGCCGUCAGUUCAAUAAGACAGAGUCGCUGAGGUUGGCUGAUGAGCUGCGGGGCUGGGUACACCGGCACCAAAUCGGCAGGACCAAGUCUAACGAGAAACCAAAGCGGCAGAAGAAAUUUAAGCAGGGUGCGCGGACACAACAGAGGAAAAUCAACCUGUCACGCUUUCUCCCGGUCCAGUCUACAGACACCAACGCAAGGUUAAUCUCCAGCCAGCUACAGGUGUACCAGGGCCCUGAGCAGAGCUACACUGACUUCAUGGAUGCGUUCGACAGGAGGGAGGACACCUUCUAUGUCGUUUCAUUCCGAAGGGACCACCUACUGUUACCGGCCAUAAGUCACAACAAGACCAACAGGCCAAAGAUGUCCCUGGUCAUGCCAGCCAUGCCCGUCAAUGAGAGCCUGUACAACAGCACGCGGGGUUACGAGGUGAUGAUGCAGAUCGACUGCGAGGUGAUGGACACCAGGAUCAUCCAGAUCAAGAGCUCCUCGGUGCCCCCCUCGCUGCGGCACCCCCAGGACAACCGGACCAGCCCCUUCCACCCCCACGCAGGGGGCUCCAGCAGACCCCCCACCCCCGGGGGUCUACAGCCUCACACUGUCACAGCACCCUCCUCCAAAGACCCCCUCUAUCUCUCGACAGAAGGCGGGGUGUAGCAUCAGGUGGGGGGGAGGGGGGUUCCCCCACUCUCCCCCUCCCCCCUCCCCAAGCAAGUACACACACUUGAUCUGGUGGGGCUCGAUACACUGUGGUCCAUCCUUCCCUCUGCUCCUCCCUCCCUACCCCCUCAGCUCCCCCCUCCCCCUCCCGAAAAGUGUAUAAAUUACUACUGACUUCCGCACUGUGUGCGGGGAGGGGGUCUUGUGUCGGAAGGGUAAAGACCGCCUGGUUUCCGGAAGACCCCGCCACGGGGAAAUCCAAAUGCAGUCCAGCCGUCUAGACACCACCGCCAGCCCGUCGACUGGACUCUGGGCCCCCGUACGGAUAUUGGGGGGGAGGGGCAGUGAGACACACAUUCCAAGAGGCUGGGCUGAUUCCAGGCGAUUCUCAGCAUAUGUUCUCAGCAGCCCUGAGUGUGAUGGAGGGGGGUGAGAAAUAUUCCCUGGAACAAGGAGCCAGCACUGUUUACCGGGAACAUGAGGGAAGAAGGGCUUGUACAUUUAAUCGUUCUGCCCCUUCGCACGCUCCCUGUGUUUAUCUUCACCCUGCGCUCACUACUCUGGCCCCCUUCAGCCUGGCUUGGACACGCUGUGUUGGUUUCACGAUGGCCGGGGCUCCUGUACUCAGGUGGGUUGUCGAGAGGGGGCCAGUCCCAAUGCCACCGUCGGAUGGGCCGAGUGGCCUGUUUCCGUGCCCGUACGACCGCCUAGAGUCACCGGACAUUGAAGAGUACAGCACGAGACCAGGCCCUUCGGCCCACAAUGUCUGUGCCGAACAUGAAGCCUAGACCAUCUUGUAUCCUCCUACAUUUAUUCCACAUCCCUCUGUUCCCUACAUGGCCUUGUUUGUGUCCUUUCAAUAGUCUCAUAAACGCCACUAUCGUAUCUGCCUGCACCACCACCUAUCCAUGUUCCCCACUGACCAGCUGAGUUACUCCAGCACUCUGUGAAACGUCACCCAUUCCUUCUCCACAGAUGCUGCCUGU